GACAUUUUUAUCCUUCUAUUUAUGUUCAAAAACGUCAAUGGCUUUACCAUGAUAUCCAAUUCGUUGAAUUUUCUUGCGUGAAUAAUGAUAUAUCGUUAUAUCAUCACCAGAACGCUUCCCAUGUAAGGCUCUGCGAAGUUUACAACAUGUCAAAACGCAAAGAAUGCCACACUCCAAACUUUACUCCUCACUACUACAACCUUGAUCUUCCGAUCAGUGCAACUCAAGAAGAUAUAGAACAAGCACAUUUUCGCCUUCUACAAUUGGUUCAUCCAGAUAAUUUACGAGGCCCAGAGCAAACGAGGAGUGUCAAAAAUGCCAUUCAACUGAUCAAUGAGGCUUACGAGGUAUUGAGUGACGAUGAGAAACGUUAUCAUCAUCGAAAUGUUUGUGAAAAGACUUUUGGUUGUCGUUUCAAAUCUGAUUUUCGACCACGGUUUGGACUUGAUUUUUGGAAUAGUCAUUGGGGUAAAAAGCAUCAUGAAAUUGACAGCUUCGCACCUAAACCGUGGCCGUGGGAUUAUAACACUUUAUCAACUAAAUUAAUGUGCCCUACUGGAGGAAAAGCUGGUCUUCAAUUUUGUACCGCUACCUGGGUGAAUGUGGCACAUAUACUUGUGGACAACCUGCUACCUUACUCUAUGAGCGACAACAUAUGGCGUCGUGUUGAGACCUGGAGAAGUGGAAUCCCUGGUAAUGAAACGACCAAGGACGUAAAUCUCGAUUUUCAACGGGGUUGCGAUAAUUUUAAGAUCAUGGUAAAAAGUAAAGAAGCAUACAUACCAUGGUCACAAAUUCCGGCAAACACUGAUUGGCCAACAUUAGGCAAUCGGUGUCAACUAUUUUGCGGCGAUAUUUUAAUUGCACCUGUUAGCAUUGUCUUCCUCAUAAAUAUCCUCUUACUUUUAGUUAGUCUCCAGACUAUCAAAAAGUCUGAAAGCCAACAACUGCCAGUCGUUUGGCGACCGUCGGCGAUGUAUAGCCCUGCAUCGACUCAUUCUACAAUAGAGGAUAGUAUAGCACAAUCACAACAACAGCCUGAGACUAGAGCAUCGCACCGAAAAAGCCCCUUUUACCCUUCAGAGAGGGACUAUUACGCAGAUGAAGAAUUCACACCAUCGUACUCUCGGGAAAAUCCGCAAAGCUACUCUGUGAAGGAAGUCUCAAGUCGGUAUACAAUUCCUUCAAAAAAAUCGAAACCCACACGAGUUUCUAGCGUGACAACAAGACAUGGCCGAGCUACAAACUCUGCCACUACCACCCCAAACACCAAUCGGCACAAGGUCCCAAAAAAGCCCCGGCCUCGUUCUCCCAGUCCAAGUCCAAGUUCAUCUACUUCAAUAUCCUCCACAACCCAACUCUCCAAGACCAACACCAAAGCAAAACAACCACCUUCCCCCGCCAACGCCUCCCAAUUCUUCUCCCUAAACCCAUCCGAAAAACACUACUACUAUUCCAAUCACGACCUCCCCCUACGCGAACGACGCAAUACCUCUACAACCUACCCACCCACCCGUCAGCGCUACGUGCAUUACGAAGACGAAAAAGACUGGGCAGACGAUGAACGAACCCCACGUCUCUGCAUGGCUUUAACGGCAACUGGGAAACCAUGCGCUAGAAGAGUUUCAAUGGCUACGCCGCUGAGCGGGAGUACGGUGGAUGCGUUGGUUAGUCCGCUUUGUUUUCAGCAUCGGCAUGUGCGGAAAUGGGUGAAGGGAGCGAGUGAGAGAGAUCCGCCCUUGGAGGAGAGUGUGUCUUCGGUGGAAGUGGAGAGAUUGCCUGAGGAGCAGAGGAGGAGGUCUUCGGUACGGUUUUUGGAUGAUGAUGGUAGUGAUGACGAGUAUUAGGCUAAGUCAUCAACUCGAUUUGCACUAGAUGACCUUUCUAUUUGAAGCUUGUGUCAUAAAGUUUAUUCAAAGAAAGUUUACAUAUGAAAGGUCAACAUAGAUACCACAAAUAAAUAUUAAGAAAAAUCAAAAUCCAUUACAAUCUCGAUCA